AUGAUUCGUUCAUUGCUAAUCAUUGCUGCUUUCGCUGCACAAACGACUGUCGAAUCUCGGAUCGUCAAUGGAAAGGUAGUCGACAUCCGGGACUAUCCACACCAGGUAGCCUUGUUGGACCCAACUGACCCGGAGGAUGGUCAAUUCUGUGGUGGCUCCAUAAUUGCGGAACGUUGGGUCCUGACCGCUGGCCACUGCGUUUGGUCGCUCCUAGUCUCACAGCUCGCUAUCCGAGCUGGAUCGUCAUACCACGCCCGUGGAGGUCAGCUAAUCGCCGUGACACGGAAGGUCAUCCAUCCCGACUACAACAGCGUGACUUUCGACAGGGAUUACGCCCUGUUGAACCUGGCAAAACCGUUGGCCUUGAACGAUAAUGUGGCCAUCGCCAACCUUGCGGACGCUGGUGAAGCCUUCCAGCCUGGAACUGUUUGUACCGUCAGCGGAUGGGGCAUGACGCUGUACAACGGGCCGGCGCACCAGCUACGGGCCGUCGAUGUACCGAUUGCCGACCACGAUCGGUGUCGUAGGAAUUACGAUUCGAAACAUGUCGUUACAAGUUAUAUGCUUUGCGCGGGAUAUGACGCAGGUGGGAAGGAUGCUUGUUUGGGUGAUUCUGGUGGUCCGUUGACCUGUUUCGGGAAGGUGGCCGGAGUUGUGUCCGUCGGAUGGGGAUGUGCCGCUAGAGAUUUGUACGGAAUUUAUGCUGACGUAGCGAAAGCACGUGACUGGAUUCAAUCCCAGAUUAAUGCAUUGGCUGCUGCUGUAGCAGUUCGCGCUGCAUCCCCGGAUGAGUUUCGCAUCUACAACGGUCAAACCGCCUACAUCCGGAACAUCCCGCACCAGGUAGCCCUGCUGAACGUGUCCAAACCUGCCACGAAUCAGCACUUUUGUGGUGGAUCCCUGAUAGGACCUCAGUGGAUCCUAACUGCAGCGCAUUGUGUUGUGAACCAGCUGUACGAUCAGUGGGUGGAGAAUGGACGUAAAAGUUCAGUCCUGAAGGAAGCUACCAUUCCGAUAGCGAACCGUAAGCUUUGCAUCAGAAACUACGCUGGCGCACUGAUAUCCGUCACGGAUAACAUGAUCUGUGCCGGAUUUUUCAACGCUACCAAGGACACUUGCGCAGGUGACUCCGGUGGUCCACUGACCUGCAAGGGAAAGCUGGUUGGUGUAACGUCCUUCGGAAAAGGUUGUUCCGUGAAGAACUACCCCGGACUGUACGCCUCGGUUGCCAAGGCCAGAACUUGGAUCACCCAAGAAACGGGAAUUUGAUACAAAUAUCGCAGAAUAAAGACAACUUGAGCAUCCCAAAAAAA